GGCGUCGGGAGCGACUACAGCGACGCGCCCAGACCCUUCUGCUCGGUGAUCGGAGAUAGGUGUCGAGAGCGCGCACGCUGUGCGUUCCGGGCUCGUGCCUGCGGACCCCGGACUCAGCUGGGGGAAGCCGAAGAGUCUGGUCCGCCAUGUUCCUCUCCUCGUCACUCCGGGUGGGGGCCGCCGGUCUCGUCGCCCACUGGGGAAGGCAGAUGAGAUGCUUACACAAAACAGCUGUGCAAAAUGGAGCUGGAGGAGCCUUAUUUGUGCACAGAGAUACUCCUGAAAAUAACCCAGAUACUCCAUUUGAUUUCACACCAGAAAACUACAAGAGGAUAGAAGCAAUUGUAAAGAAUUACCCAGAGGGACAUAAAGCAGCAGCUGUGCUUCCAGUACUGGACUUAGCCCAAAGGCAGAAUGGAUGGUUGCCCAUUUCUGCCAUGAACAAGGUUGCUGAAGUUUUACAAGUACCUCCAAUGAGAGUAUAUGAAGUAGCAACCUUUUAUACAAUGUAUAAUCGAAAGCCAGUUGGAAAGUAUCAUAUUCAAGUCUGCACCACUACACCUUGUAUGCUUCGAGAUUCUGACAGCAUACUGGAGGCCAUUCAGAAAAAACUUGGUAUUAAGGUUGGAGAAACAACACCUGACACUUUCACACUAAUAGAAGUGGAUUGUUUAGAUGCCUGUGUAAAUGCACAAAUGAUUCAAAUAAAUUAUAAUUACUAUGAAGAUUUGACACCUAAGGAUAUUGAAGAGAUACUUGAUGAGCUUAAAGCUGGCAAUGUUCCAAAACCUGGACCAAGGAAUGGACGUUUCUCUUGUGAACCAGCUGGUGGUCUUACAUCUUUGACUGAGCCACCCAAAGGACCUGGUUUUGGUGUGCAAUCAGGCCUCUAAGUAAUUUGUAUGAAUUUGUGUAAAAACCCUAAAUAAACCUGUGAAAAUAUUUCUCAGUACAUUUAAAAUAAAUUAAAACUAAUCUCCCCACCUAUGGAAAUUUAAUAUUGUAUAUUCUGGUUUGUGUUUACAUUGGUGUUAACAUAGAUUUUAAUUGUUAUAAAUACCAUAUAAAAAUACACAAAAUAUCCUCUUUAAAUCUUUUGGGUACUUUGGCUAACACACUAUUAUGUGUUUUGUAGGUAUAAAUAUUUUUUUCCAACCAUAUUCAUUUCAGCAACAUAGUUCACAUUUGACAUGAAAAAGUAUCUAAUCACAAUUAAAUAUGAUUCUUGUCACAUUUCAGUUCCUAAAAUUGUAUUUUGAUAUUCCAUUGUAAUGUUUUCUAAGUCGUAAAUAUCAGAUUAAUGAUUAUGAUAGCUAACAUUUAUAUAGCACUGUGCCAAGGAUGUGUAUGUGUUCACGUAGGUAUAGCACUGUAUUUUCCUAACGGUGAUUUUCUCCAGGAAUGCUUAGAUAGUGGGAUAAGGAAAUUAUUGUGUUUUCAGAGUCAUUAUUUUAAAAGGGAACACUUCUAUCAUAUACAGACACAUUAGUGUUGUCUUUGGCUACUUUGACUCAGAUUACUAACAAAUCAGAUCUUCUUUUUAGUUGUGUAUGUAAGUCAACAACACAAAAAUAUGUUUUGUGUUCAAGUAAAAAAAAAACCAUUCUAUUUAUAAUCAUUUUAAUGAGUUCAAAAAGUUAUUAGUGGCUUUUAUGGAAUACAUAGGCAAAGAUCUAUUACAUUUAUUUAGGGGUUCAUCAAAAACACUUUUCUUUAAAAACUAACUGAAUUUUCUACUAGCAAACAUCAAUAACCCCAAAUCACAACUAUAUUCUCUUAAUCCAUUCCUAAAUGAAAUUUACAAAUAUUACUUUAAAAAUACUCUGAUCUCUGAUAAAGCCUUCUAUAAUACCUUUUAUAUCUUAUCUGUAAAAUUCUGAAGGCAUAGCUGGAUACAGUUGAAGAUUUUUUUUUUAUUAGUAAUGUCUAUUUAAUGUUCAGUAUACAGAAAUGUUAAAUAUUAAUUUUUAAAUUAAAAAAGUAAAAGACCUGUAGCAAGGACCUCGAAACAAAGUGAUAACAGUCUUAUCCUAGGUAUCAGUCUCUAAAUAAUGUGUUAUGAGAAUGGAAUGGAAGAAAGCAUUUUUAAGUAAAUGUUACAAUGCCUUAAUGCUCUAAAGAUCUAUAAUUUUGUCUUUCACCAAUGAAGAUUGCAAAUAACUUUCUAUAAUUUAGUAGAUAGUUUUCUGUAGUUAACCUACAGUUUGGCUUUGAGCAUCUCUGAAUUAAGUGAGACUAGUCUACAGAUAUAUGACUCCCAUAAGGCACAUAUUCAAAGCUUUUCUAGUUUAAUAGAAUUUAACCCGAGUUUACUCUUUUCUGACAUAAUCUUCAGAAAUCUAGCAUAUUAACUCCAUGAUAAGGCAUCACAAGAUUUUAGUUGAGAAAACAUGCUAAAGAUGUUAAUUUAUGUAAUGAUAAUUUUGCUUCAAAUUUAAAGUUUUAGAUAACUCAAACCUUGUGCAAAAUGCCUGCUUACAUUAUGUUCAGAGUACAAACUCUGCUUCAUAUCUACAAAAAAAAAAACUUGCAUUUUAUCAGAACAUAUGUAUCCCUUGAAUUUUACAUUUUUAUAUUGCUAGAUCCUUUCACUAAUUAUAAACAUUUCUUUUAUGUGAUUUAUUUUGUAUAUAAUUAUUUAAAAUUUAAGCUCUUUUAUAGGCAAGAACUGCUUUCUUAUGGUCCUUGAAGUCCCAAUGCCCAGCAUCAUAGUUUCUCUCAAUGAGCUUUCAUGCAGGCACUAUCUGGUAUAAGUAAAUUCAAUUAACAAUCUAUAUUCUUUUCAAGAAAACAUGAAAGCAUUGUAAGAAAUCACAUUUCUAAACUGCUGAGCUAGUAAUGAGAACUGUUCCCCAGUGAGUUCAUGGCAAAUUAGUCUAGGUAAGAAAGAUGCUGAGAAACCAGUAGGGAGUCAUCGUGCACUUCCUGCCCUUAAAUCUUUUACUUGUUUCAGUGGGAGAGUUAAAGGGCAAUUUACUGCUUAACAGCAAAUUGAUUAGCCCUUUAGAGUUCAGCUAUUUUCUUGUCUUCCUUAGUACAUUCUAGUACUUGCCAUGGACAAUGAUCAUUACGAAGAUAAAAACCAAAAAAAGCAUCUUGUCAAAAAGAUUUAUUGUAUGAUUAUUACAAGGGUCAGAAAGUUUUUAAUUCUACACAAUUUUCAUUGUAUGAAAUUUCUUGUGACUAGAUUAACAUUAACUAUUCCAAGGAUGCAAAAAUAAUUGCUACAUAGAAUUCUUCCUUAUUUAAUAAUAUAUUCUAUGAUACUUCAACUAUUUUUGUUAAAUCCAUUUAAUAACAAAUUGCUAAUGUACUUUGCUAAUCUAAAGCGGGUAUCCUCAUUUUAUAGAUGAAGGAACCAAGACUUACAGAAGUUACAUGAAAUCCAUAAUGAUACAGAUUAAGUUUCAGAGACAGGAUAUUAAAGUCAUUGUUAGAAUCUUGGGUCCUUCUGAUUCCAACUGAGGCUUCACAUCCUGCUUUUGACACAUCCUGGGCAAGUCAUUUCUCAGUACUCUAGGCAACUCUUCAGACUAAAUUGCAGAGGAGUAACACCAUAGUUCCUUUUAUCAAUUAAAUCACAGACCAAGUUUCUAAUCUUGUAUUUGUUCGUGAUUGUGUUUUUUAUGGCAUUUAAAUCAAAAGAAAAGGGCACAAAUUUGCUAAAACCACAUAGUUCAUAUUAUGGUAUAAGCCUUAAAUUUACUGUUUCCCAUUAAGAAUAACUUAUUCAAUAAAGUGUCUUGAAAAUUCAA